AUGGCAGAAAUUUCCAGGCCUCUCAAUGUCUACUUCCUGCCUUUCUUGGCACAAGGCCACAUGAUCCCUUUCUGCCAAUUUGCGCGGCUCUUCGCUGCACGUGGCUUGCACGUGACCAUCAUCACCACCCCUGUCAACGCCCGGUUCCUCCAAAGCUCCAUUGAAGAAAGCAACGCCUUGGGCCACCAUAUCCAACUUCACACCGUCAGAUUUCCCUCCGAUGAAGUAGGUCUCCCCGACGGCAUCGAGAACUUCUUCAAUGUCACAGAUGCCCCCACUGGUCAUAAACUUUACGAGGCUGCAGGUUUGCUCAGAAAUCAAGUGCAGCCUUUCAUGGAGGAAAACCCACCCGAUUGUAUCGUUUCGGAUUUUAUGUACCCGUGGACAGCCCCGAUAGCUACCCGUUUGGGGAUUCCCAGGAUUGUGUUCAACUCCUUUUGUCUUUUUGCUGUGUGCAUGAUCAGUGCGCACAACAGACAAUUACAGUCACUACCGCCGGGAUUAUGCAAUGAUCAUGAUGGUGAUAAUUCGGGUGGUCCGUUUGUGGUUUCGGGUCUUCCCGAAACAAUCACCCUCCCCCUUCGACCACCUAAGAGGAUUUCUGAACUGCUCGGAAGCUUGAUAGAGGCUGAUCAGAAGAACAGCUAUGGGCUAAUUGUGAACAACUUUAACGAUCUGGACGGUCAAGAUUACAUCAACUAUCACCAGAAAAGCACCGAUCUGAAGGUUUGGCACAUUGGUCCUGCUUCUCUCAUGUUACGAAACAUACUACCAAAAGAAGAUCUUCAUCCACAAACCAACAACGAGCAUGAUGAACUCAUAAGGACAUGGCUAGAUUCCAAGGAAUCUAAUUCUGUUGUUUACGUAAGCUUUGGCAGUCUGUGUCGUUUCGAUGACCCUCAACUGUUCGAAAUAGCUUGUGGAUUGGAGUCUUCUGGAUGUUCCUUCAUCUGGGUCGUGCACAGGGAAUCCAAACAGAACAACGAAGAAGAAGAAGAAGCAGAAGAAAAGAAAACGUGGCUGCCGAAAGGGUUUGAAGGGAGGAUGAAGAAGGAAAACAGAGGGUUGAUCCUCAUGAAAUGGGCGCCACAGGAGUUGAUACUGAACCAUCCGGCGACCGGUGGGUUUCUGACGCAUUGCGGGUGGACGACAGUGACGGAGGCGGUGAGCGCCGGGGUUCCGAUGAUGACGUGGCCGGUAUUCGUCGAGCAGUUCUACAAUGAGAAGUUGAUAACGCAGGUGCACGGGUUUGGAGUGGAGGUUGGGGCAGAGGAAUGGAACUCCGGCCCUUAUGAUAGAAGGACAAGGUGGUGA